CAUGAAACGAAGGAUUUCGGUUGAAUUCGGCUGUCUGUAAUGUUAUCGAACAGCUCGAAAGAUUUUUUAUGGUUUUGGAUGGGCUGCUGAGAGAAUCGGUGCGAGAGAGAUCGUGGCUAUGGUUUUAGGAGUAUGUUUGAAAAUUGUAUUUUAGGAGAUUGUUCUCAUUCAUAAGCUAGUGAAUUUCUAAUGCGAGGCUGAUUGGAGGUUGGCUGGAGACUUCUGGCGCACCAUUUGGUAGCAGUUAUGGAAGCAUUUUUAGGGGACAUUGUUUGGAUUGCGACUUGACGUGAAGAGCUAGUGAUGGUUGCGGUAUACAUGAAGUGUGGAGUGUUGUAGCAGUAAUGGCAAGUGAUGCAAUGGUCUAGGGUUUAGGUUUUCAAUGAGAGGUUUUACUUAGGUUUGACUGUUACAUGUUGAAGAAAUAUCAGUUUGAUUGCUGGGUUGUGGCAUGCUGGGGUUUUGCGGUACGAACCCGAGGAAUUGCUGUAUCCAGUUCCGGUUUGGCUCUUUAUGUGUUUUAAUCGUUAUUUUAUGGAUUUUGUAUUUCAGGGUUCUUGACGAAUGAGCAAAGAUGGCGUAUGCACUGGUAGAUGAUCUGGACCCGCUGUCGAGCCACACCGUAAAGGAUGGGGACAUUUCUGUUGCCGAUCGUCUUGCGCUAAUUAACACCUUAAAUUGAUUUGUGAAGCUUGGGUACAAGAGUGGGUAUUCCGCGGAGUCUUCGAAGGCAAGCAUUGCAAAAGCCAAUAGGUUUACGAUUAGGAUUGGGGUUCUGUUUAGGUUAGAAUUGAUAGAGAAGGAUGGGUGACAUUUCCUUCUGAAGAAGGGGAUUUGAGGAAAAGGAGGUCUAAAGGUAAAGGGUGGAAGAGAAAGAGAGAUGAGCUUAGACGGGUCGGAGUCACCGGCAGCGACAUUAUCACCAUCAUCCAGUUGUGGUGAUUUUGCAGCUUUGCUUGACGCUGAGCUAUUUGUACAUGAGGAAUCAACGGCUGACAGGCCGGAAGACGGGGGUUUGGUGUCAGCAGAACCAGACAAGGAUGGUGACUCUUCUGAUGAGGAGGAUGAUUCUAGUGAAGAAUCCAAUGGGGAGGAAGAGGAAUCCGAUGUUGACAUUGAUGCUGAUGAUGAUGAUGAGUCCGAAGCGCAAUUAGUUGUUGAAAAUGAUGGGGAUAAUCUAGAGGAAUCCAGCUUGAAAAGAAGGCGUAAAAAUGAGACUGGUCCUUCACCCGAUUCAGGCACAGAAGCCAGUAAUCAUUGUCCUCCACAUCCAGGAUUCAUAUGGAAUGUUUGUAUUCGAUGUGGUGAGCGCAAGUCCACCGAACCAACAAAUGACCCGGUCCCAACUCAUGUGGGACUGCGAUAUAUCCACGAGGGUUUGGAAGUAUCAGAAUUGGAAGCAUCUCGUGUGCGGAAUGCUGAGCUUAGGCGGGUCAACAAAACGAAAAAGUUAUUGCUCGUUGUUGAUCUCGAUCACACCGUGCUUAACUCUGCACGUUUUGCAGAUGUACCUGUUGGUGAACUGCAAGCGGGAGGGAGCAGUUUACACCAGAUGACGAAGUUAGGGCUGUGGACAAAGCUGAGGCCAUUCGCACAUGAAUUCUUACAGGAGGCAAGCAAGUUGUACGAGAUGUACAUAUAUACUAUGGGUGAACGGAAAUAUGCUAAGAAAAUGGCUAAAUUACUGGAUCCCACUCGCCAACUCUUCGCUGAUCGUAUUAUUUCUCAGAAUGACAGUACUAAGCGAUAUACUAAGGACCUUGACGUCGUCCUUGGAGCAGAUUCAGCAGUAGUGAUUCUGGAUGACACUGAAGCGGUAUGGCCCAGUCAUAAGUCAAAUUUGAUCUUGAUGGAACGGUACCACUUUUUUUCGUCAAGCUGUUCUCAAUUCGGUGUAAACUCGGCCUCUCUGGCUCAAUUGUACAGAGAUGAAAGCGAAACUGAGGGCACUCUUGCAACAACUCUCAAAACAUUGCGUGCCAUACACCAUGAAUAUUUCAACGGGAAGAGCCAGAAGCGAAAGCUCUCGUCUGAUUCCUCUGAUGUUCGAUUGGUCAUCCGUAGCCUUCGUGCCAAGCUACUUGCAGGGUGCAACGUUGUCUUAGGCCCAGAGAUUCACCCAUUCUGGCAGUUGCCGGCCGAGCUAGGAGCUCGAUGCAGCACCUUCUGCGACCACACAACCACGCAUGUGGUGGCUCUAGAUCCGGGAACAGACCAAGCGCUGUGGGCAAAGGAACACGACGUUUUUCUUGUCCAUCCCCGUUGGGUUGACGCAACGAGUUAUCUUUGGAGUCGGCCACCUGAGGAGGACUACCCUGUCACUGAGAAUCCUGCAGGACCAGCCGUGGUAACAUUUGCAAAAAACGUUCUAGUGGAGCCUUUAAUUGUGGAUGAUACGAGCGACAAGGGUGAGGUUGAGCCAUUAGUUGAUUUAGAACCUAGCAAGGACGAGACAGUCUCCCAAGCAACAAAUGCUGUUGAACUUAGUGGCUCCAGCUGCUUGGAAUUGCCACCAACGCAUGUGAAUGGAUUAAGCGAUGCUAGUUCUGUUGAAGAUGAGGACUUGGAAAUUGAGUAAAACUUUUCGUACAGGCUGGUAUAAAUAAUACAAGUUAAGCUUUGAUGGAUUGCCUUUGUAUUGUA